AUGCCGGCUGAUCUCGAGCUCCCAGAUCCUAAACGUCCGUUUUUGCCGACUCCCGAUAUUCAGAAUCUCUCACGAUGUAGCUGUAAUAACGAUGAUGACAUACCUCGGAAAGAAGUCACUGGUUUCAAUUUGGUGUUAUUGGCGUUGGAAAGAUUUGUAAAGCUGACAGUUAUGAUGUUCGGUGUCGCCUUGGGUGUCAAAGGAACUCUGAGGGCUACUGUGAAUGGGGUAAGUGGAAUGCCGUGCAGGUUUUGCACUUUUCCUCUCCAGACGUUUUUUAAAUUAUCCUCCUUUAAACUUCUUUGUGGAAGUCGCUCAAAAUUAGAGAUUCCAGGUGAAAAGUGUAAAAAGUGCUUGCAUAAGUUAUAAUUGUAACAGUACCAAUGAAUAAUUAACACUUUCAGAACGAGAUGAAUGCAAUCCUUGCCUUCCUCAGCACUCUCUGCCCGUUGUACUUGACUUCUGCAUACAUUUACACCAAAAUACGAUCACUAAAAAAUUGGAAUGCGCUCACAAUCAGGGUUCAUAUUUAUACGCGUAAGUUGCUGUAAAAAAUAUUUUCAACUUUACAAUUGAAGGCGACCAAUAAUUCCUUAGAAAUCAUAUACGCAUUGUGAACAAUCCGGGUUUAAUCUCUGUGUCCUCAGUUUUAACCAUACUGGAUCAAACUGUAAAUAUUGCCUGCAUUAGCUUGAGACACAUCCGGGACUUUCGAGAAAACAUCAUCUUUCUUGAUGAUGUGUAAUAUAAGCUGAUAAGAGAAUAUCAUCCGGAUACUGUUUUCAGACGUCUUCCUCGCCUUCUUCGCCAUCUUCUCGGCUUCCUGCACCGUUCUUAUCUGCAUUAUGUUGGAAUUGAAUGGGCUAGAUUCCUCCGAUUAUUGGGAGGCCACGUUUUGGAUGGUCCACGCCUUUUUCUGGGAGACCAUCACCUGGAUUACGCUUAGGAAAUACAUCAUCCAACUGUGCAGUAAGAAGAUACGACUGUGCCGAGUGGAGACGAUCGACUCCGAACUCAGCACCGAGAUCGAACACCUAACUCAAGAUGCCGAUUUGAAUGUGUAG